UGCUACAAUUGGUGUCAAAAAAGGUCGGUUGGAUAAAGAUUCCUUUUCCCUUGAACCGUUGAAUGAUUCAACUCUGUCUUGUUCUUGAUGCCAAUAUUCAUGGGCAAAGACAGCAAGGCUGCCAAAGGUUUAAUCAUAAUUUGAGGAUUUAACCCAAAAAAAAAAAAAGCCCAUUUUUCUUUCUUUUUCUUAUCCACCCCGAUGUCUCAAAAUUCAUUUGUCGACUCCUCCAUGUCACAAUGGCGGCUGAAGAGAAGGUCAGUUUUCAAGUUUCAACUGCCAAACCGAAGGAACGGUAACAACGGAUGGUGAAAUAUGGUGAAAGAUGGUAAAAUUUUGGACAAGACACAACAAACGACCAUGAAAUUUAACGGCCAACUCAGAGGCGUAAACGGUAAGCAGUCGAUACCUCCCAAUGUAGACGUUGCCGUUUUCCUUUUUCCCGUUCGGAUCGGGUUUCAAGACUCGGGUUGGGUUCGGUGGGCAUCGAGAAGAGAAGAAAAACAAAAACGGUUUCUUCAUGUGAAUGUAAAGGCGAGGAGGUGGGACUGGGAACCAACAGCCUUUAUCUUAUUCUUUUAAAGGCGUUUUUCAGCUUCAAAUUGUAAUCUUGGUGGUUAAAAAGCAAGCUUUUUUCUUGACUCUAAAUCUACGCAAAAAGCACAAAACCAAACUCUCUAGGCAAAGGGGCUUCCUUUCUAACCUUUUUGGGUUUUGUACUUUUAAAAUGUGAAAUCAGAGGAAGUUUUCAGGUUCCCACUCUUGUUUAUUCCUUGGCAACUUUAGAAAAAAUGUUCUUUUCUUCUUCUUCUUCUUCUUCUUCUUCUGUUAAAUAUUUGUAAUGGGGUUCUUGUUUUUGUCUUGAUCUUGGAGGAGGAUUGAGUUUUUAUGACUAAUGCAAUGAAUUAGUGCAACACCCAACUUAAAGAAUUAAAUGUUAUGAUUGUUUACAAGGUUGAAUUUGGUAUAAAUUGAUUGAUAAGGAAGGAACUACUAAAGAUUCUCUACCAAGUGGAUGGUUUUUUUUUUCUCUCUUUCGUUUUCCCUUUAUUCUCCAUCUUUUUUUGUUGUUGGAUUCCACGCUUUAGCUUUUGUUUGAUGCAGUCAAGGGGUUGCAUUCUUCAUGGAACUUGUUUUUAGCAAAUGGGUAUUUGCAUUUUCUCUCUGUUGUUGGCUAAUCUUUUGUGUAGCACUUUCAGGUGAGCUUAAAGCUCCUUUUUCUUUUCGUUGCAUUUCUUUUGGUUUCUUGAAAAUGCUCAUUUUGUAGAAAAUACCAAAUUGUUGAAAAUGGUCAUUUAAUUUUGUAAGUGGAGGGGUUGCAUGGAGAUUCUAAAGUGAGAGGGGUGAACUUAGGAGGGUGGUUGGUUAUAGAAGGUUGGAUCAAGCCCUCUCUUUUUGAUGGCAUUCCUAAUGGAGACAUGCUUAAAAUGGAGGUGGGAUGGACAUUUCAGUUAAUAGAGAUGCUGCUUCUUCAUGGGAAACCUUGACUUUAUGGAGAGUUUCUGAAUCAGAAUUUCAGUUCCGCACCACACAAGGCCAAUUUCUAACAUGUUAUGGUAAUGGAUGCUCUGUAUCUGCAACAGCAACAUCAGCUUCCUCAACAGAAACGUUUCAAAUUGAAAGAAAUAACAACGGUCGAAUUCAUAUCAAAAUAAAGAGUGGCACCUAUCUGCAGGCUACCAUAGGUAAUCAGCUCACGGCAGAUUAUCCAGGAACCCCAGGAUGGGAUGAUAAUGCAGCCACAUUUGAAAUGUCAAUUAUAGCUAAUAACUUGCAUGGAGAUUAUCAGCUUGCAAAUGGAUAUGGACAUAACAAGGCGAAACAGGUUCUUGAGGGACAUAGAAAUAGUUUUAUCAAUGUAGGAGAUUUUGAAUUUCUAUAUAGACAUGGAAUAAAUACUGUAAGGAUCCCUGUUGGUUGGUGGAUUGCUUUUGAUCCUGAUCCUCCAGCCCCAUUUAUUGGAGGAACAUUAGAAGCUCUUGACAAUGCAUUCUCGUGGGCACAAGCCUAUAACAUAAAGUGCAUAAUUGACCUUCAUGCAGCACCUGGCUCCCAAAAUGGAAUGGAACAUAGUGCUAGCAGAGAUGGCACAGUAGGCUGGCCUACAUCAGAUUACAUUUCACAGACAUUGCAUGUUAUAGAUUUUCUAGCUUCCAGGUAUGCAAGACAUCCUGCCUUGCUGGGAAUUGAGCUAUUAAAUGAACCCUCUGCUGCGGCAGUUUCAUUGGAUACAAUAGUUUCGUAUUACAAACAAGGCUAUGAAGUUGUGAGGAAACGCUCUCCAUCAGCUUAUGUCAUAAUUUGCCAAAGAAUUGGCAAUGCAGAUCCACUGGAACUUUAUCAGGCUGAUAUAGGCUCCCACAACAUAGUGGUGGAUUUGCAUUACUACAAUCUCUUUGAUACUUUCUUUGUUAACAUGAGUGUUUUAGAUAAUAUCCAAUUCAUAUAUCAGAGCAGGGAGGCUCAGCUACAAGCUUUGAAUGGUGCAAAUGGCCCACUUGUUUUUAUUGGAGAGUGGGUAAAUGAGUGGAAUGUUACCAGUGGGUCUCAAUCAGAUUAUCAAGCCUUUGGAAGGGCGCAGUUAGAGGUGUAUGAUGCUGCUUCCUUUGGUUGGGCUUAUUGGACACUCAAAAAUGAUAGACAGCACUGGGAUUUUGAAUGGAACAUUAGGAACGGUUAUCUCCAAUUAAGCAAUUCACAGAAGAAAAAAAAUUUCAACAGCCUAAUAUGGCUUUUACUUGCAUCUGUCUGGUUCCAUCUGUGUCAAAUAUUGUGACCAGUGGAGUUGCUUGAGUCCCAGAUAUGAAGAGGAAGAUAAACUGCGGCUUUUUCUUUUCCUUUUCCCCCCCAUUUUUAAGCCUUUGCUAGUCCACCAUUACAUUCAUGUCUUCUGUAAAACAACCAUUUCAUUCAUUUUGGGAAAUUUGCAAGCCCAAUGACAUUUUUUAUAACAGAGAAUAUCUCUAGAAAAAAUGUGGUGAAUCCUGUCAAAACAAUGGCAAUGUAUGUACUUUCUCUCAAUAAUGUACAAGGAAAAAAUUUUCCUACAAGGAAAUAUCUCUCAAUAAG